AUGCAAUUUAAUGUGAAUAUUUAUGAAUAUCUGUCGAUGUCCAUUUUAGAACGGGAAGUAAAAGAAACCGGAGUGAAUUUCUGGGUUAAACUUACUUCGUGUUUCUUUGUUAAAACUUUAUUCAUCACAAAACAAAUUUUCCUUGUUCCACCUUUUCUUUUUGAACGUUCUCGACUUUUAACAUUCAACGACAAAAGAUGA